UUCAAAGCCGAGAGGUGGCAGCUGGUUGCUGGAGCUACGGCGAGAUGAAGUUGCACUGCGAGGUGGAGGUGGUCAGUCGGCACUUGCCGGCCUUGGGGCUGAGGAACAGGGGCAAGGGCGUCCGGGCGGUGUUGAGCCUCUGUCAGCAGGCGCCCAGGACUCAGCCGCGGCCCCGAGCGGGGGGCGAGCGGGGCGGCCGGCACCACGCCUGCCUGUUCAUUUCCACUCUGAAGGACAAGCUCGGGACCCGCUAUGAGCAGCUAAAGGAGAACAUUGAGCAGUUCUUCACCAAAUUUGUGGAUGAGGGGAAAGCCACUGUUCGGUUAAAGGAGCCUCCCGUGGAUAUCUGUCUAAGUAAGGCCAAUUCCAGCAGUCUAAAGGGUUUCCUUUCAGCUAUGAGACUGGCUCACAGAGGCUGUGAUGUUGAGGCACCACUUUUAACCUUCACACCAGUGAAGACUUCAGAAUUUGAAAAAUUUAAAACUAAAAUGGUUAUCACAUCCAAAAAGGACUAUCCUCUAAACAAGAACUUCCCCUAUUCUCUGGAACAUCUUCAGACUUCUUAUUGUGGGCUUGCCCGGGUUGAUAUACGUAUGCUUUCCUUAAAAAACCUUAGAAAAUUAGACUUGAGUCACAACCAUAUAAAAAAGCUUCCAGCUACAAUUGGAGACCUCAUCCACCUUCAAGAACUUAACCUGAAUGAUAAUCACUUGGAGUCAUUUAGUGUAGCCUUGUGUCAGUCUACACUCCAGAAGUCACUUCGGAGUUUGGAUCUCAGCAAGAACAAAAUUAAGGCACUCCCUGUGCAGUUUUGCCAGCUCCAAGAACUUACAGAUUUAAAACUUGAUGAUAAUGAAUUGAUUCGACUUCCUUUCAAGAUGGGACAACUGACAAACCUGCGUUUUUUGUCAGCGGCUCGAAAUAAGCUUCCGUUUUUGCCUAGUGAAUUUAAAAAUUUAUCUCUUGAGUACUUGGAUCUUUUUGGAAAUAUUUUUGAACAACCAGAAGUCCUUCCAGUUAUAAAGCUGCAAAUGCCAUUAACUUUAUUGGAAUCUUCUGCGCGAGCCGUACUAUAUAAUAGGAUUCCAUAUGGCUCUCAUAUCAUUCCUUUCCAUCUUUGCCAAGAUUUGGAUACUGCAAAAACGUGUGUUUGUGGAAGAUUCUGUCUAAGUUGUUUUAUUCAAGGAACUACUACCAUGAACCUACACUCUGUUGCUCACACUGUGGUCUUAGUAGAUAAUAUGGGUGGUACUGAAGCACCUGUUGUCUCUUACUUCUGUUCUCUAACCUGUUAUGUAAAUUCCUGUGAUAUGUUAAUGUAAUAAGUGAUACCACAAAAAGAAAUUUCAUUUAGUUACAGGCCAAUUUGGGACUCACUUAUUGUUUACAUGUCAAAUUGGAGCAAGGGAAGCUGUUCGUGGGUUUUGUAUACUUGCUUGAGGGGAAAAAUGUGUUAGUGUAACAUUUUCGAUCAUUUGGCUGUAAUAUCUUAAUUUCAUUAAAACCUAAUUUUAUUGUGGUGUUAACUUUUAUCAGCUUAUUGCAGUUGUGUUAUUUCAGCCUAGUGUUUCCAGAAUGGGUUGUGGGGCUAUUUUUUAAUGUUAAAACAGAUAUUGAUCCCAACGACUCUGGUCAUAGAAUUUUCUUAUCAGUUUUCAUCUUGCGUUUCAGUUAAAGAAAUUGAAUUUCUAGGACUUCCCUGGUGGUC